UGUCGGCCAACGAAAGCUGGGAGAGAUUGUUUUGUGCUCUUUUCACUAGACAGUUGUGUUCAAUAAGUGAUGAAAAUGAUGCCCGAAACUUCCUUCCAAAUAUUGAAUGAUGAAACAUUCCCAGGAAGUCUCCUGAUGGAAUUCGAUGAAUUGGACAACGAUAUCCCGAUAAGUCCACCGCGGAUACUUGUCCCGGUGAACAACGUCACCGCCUUAGGUUCUCGGUCUUCUGUCACUACAUCGCAAACCAACUCAUCAAGUGAAAACUACAGUUUGUCAACCGAAAAUGAGAAUGGCAGUGGUUCUAGUAACUCAAGCAAUCUAUUUAUUAAGUACCAUCCAGUGUCGAACAAGCGUAUGAGUUUAAACCAAAAUGCCAAAAAAUCUGUUGGCAAAUCUGCAUCCAGUCCUUCGUCAUCUGGCACUCAAAAAAGAUCCAAAUCUGAAGGCAAUCUAUUGAAUACUAGUGGACCUCAGAAUCGAACUGGUAUCUCAAGACACCAAAAGUAUGGACACGUUAAAAGUAAGGUAAAACAGUACAUCGAUGAGACGCUCAGUCAACAUACUCAUCAUUCAUUUGUUCGGCACAAGUCCAUGCCGGUAUCGACCAUGGAAACUGUGUUACAAGAGAAUACUGAAAUUGAAAAAGAGCAGGAUGCCAAUGUUCUCAGAGGAAUGUUGAAGGAGACAGCUGAUGAGGUAAGUAACUUGCAGCGACAUCUUGAGUUCAGUGAAAUGCUGCGGAAAGAUGAUAUCGCCAAGAUAGAAGGCUUGAAGCGAAAAAUCGAGAACAUGCGUUUGGAACAUUCAAAACGAGAAAAGGAACGUCAACGUGAGCGUGAUUCUGAAAAGGAACUUGAUAGACAGCUCGUUCUGGCAAACUACUUACGGUACAGCAGUCAGACAUCAUUAAACAGGGUGUUCGCAUCAGUUACCACUCAGACCAGCCCAACAGUGAAUAUCUCUUUCAACAACAUUACCCUUCAUAGUGACGAAAGCUUCGCUGGCAUGCUGGCUUCAAAUUUAACAUCUAAUCCUAAUACAUCUACUGCACCAAGGGCAAAACGUGCCUUAUUGUACGCUCCGGAUUCGCAGCUAGAGCAGGAAGAAAAUAGCAGCGAUAAGUUAAGCCCAGACUCAGCCCCUAAUACAGACGACUCACCGGACUACCCACAACUUCGUCCUAUGGCAACGGUUUCUUAUCAAUUAUCGGAAGACAGCACUGAAGCAACCACAGAGCUAUUGAUUCAGGACAACUCUGAACGUUGCAAUAAAUGCACAAGGAAAAAGAAGAAGGAGAAAAAUAAGAAAACUAGGCUGGCCAGUUUUUUCUGUAUUAAAAAAGAGGACUAAGGUUUAAGAUAAACAUCAGUCCUAAAUGGGAUUGUGUAAUUUUAAAACUGUUCAAUGUAAUAAUGUUUUUAAUGUACUUAGAUGCAUCUUAUAUUUAAGAGUAAUUUGAGUCAGUAUCUCUAUUGCAGUUUUUUUUAUGAACAUAAUACUUUAAAAAUUUAUGAGUCUAUUAUGAGGGAUAAAAUCGUGCCUGAAUGAAACAAGCUAAAUAAAAUUAAAGUCAAAUAUAAUACAGAGCGUCAUGUGUGAACAAUAGCGUCACUAAAACCGUUGAGCAUUCCCGCAUAAACAAUAACCAUAUGAAGCACCUAACCACCAAUUCGGGAUAUCAUCCCAACUUUAUGUGGUAUGUUCAUCUAUGAUAUCGUUAUUGUGUGGUACCCGUUUAUUAGGGUUUCCAGCUCAAAACGCAACAAAAAUCAAG